CACGCUUUAUGUCAAAUAUAUUACCUACUUAUUGUUGAUUGUAAUAAUUGCAGUUUGUUUAGUAUAUUAUUGAUUAUCAAUAAUUAUUUAUUUUAACUUUGAUAUACAUUUCUUAUAUCAAAUAUUUACUUUUCUGAAUGAAUUUGGACUUUUGUUAUAAUUCUUGAUAAAGAAUAAUAACGUAUUUUCCGAGGUAAUUGAUAUUUAUUAAUUUGUAUAAUUUACUUAACUAACCUUGUUUGAUAUUUUUACCAUGUGACUUAGAUGUCAAGUAUUAUAUUAAUUAUUUAACCACUAUUUAAAUAUUCUAGAAUGGCACAAACUAGGCGUAUCCCAAUAUAUGGUUCACGACCACCUUGUGCAUAUCAAUCUCGUCUUGAUGAACAUAAUGCACAAUUGAAAGCAGCUCGAAAGGAGAGAUCAAAAAAAUAUAAUAAUCCAGAUGAUUUUGUAUGCUAUGAAGAUUCUGAUGAUGAAGAAAGUACAAUGUCAUUGAGUACUAUGUUAAAUUCUUCGUACAAUUUUGUUGACUAUGUAAGAAACAGAGAGUAUGGAAUGCGACAGUAUCAUUCAGUAAAUCAAAAUCAUGGUACCCGACAUAUCUUGACAAAUAAUUUAUUAAAAGAACAACUUAUACCAUUAGACACAAUGAAUAGAGUUUUUUGUUCACAGUGGCUUAGUAGUAAACAAAUUAUCUUUGGAACAAAAUGUAAUAAUGUAAGUAAAACCGGUGCAGUUUUCUUACAUUAAGCUUUUUAAUGUUUAAAUUAAAAUAAUUCUAAUGUUUUUCUUUUAUUAAUAACAUAAUAUAAUGAAUAGAUUCAAUUGAUAUUAGCCUACUUAUUUACUAUUAACUUAUUAAAGUAAUAGAUAUCUACAGCUAAACUAAUUUAUUUUUUAUUUAGUAAAUAUUAUUUAUUAAGUAAGUUUUUGUUUCAAUUAGUGUCUAAAAUUAAGGCAAAUGACAAAUGUAUGUGGUUCUCUGUUAAUCAUGACCUUGUUAACAUCAGUUGCGCCAAAUAGUAAUUGUAUUGACCCAUCAAAUUUUAGAAUUUUCACGCUGUCAAAAGACAAAAAAAAAGAGAAAAGUGACAUUACUUCAAUUUAAAAUAAGGAUAAUUUUUUAUCACUUAUCAAGUUCAAGUCUAUAACCCUGAGCCUGCAGUUCAAUCUCAUAUUAUUUUGUUUUGUGCUUCUUUGUUUUUUAUUAAUCUGCAAUCUUUUUAACUAAUCCAUUGAAAUCAUAUGUGCAUCAGAUCAUGUACUUACCACUUUAAUACCUAGGAUAUAUUUAAAUCACUUUUUCUAUUUUUAGUUAAUGGUUUAUAAUGUUAAUUCACACAAGCUGGACCAAAUACCAUUAAUUAAAGGACGUUAUGAUGAUUUAGAAAAUCAACUAACUGGUAUUCAUUCAAUAAAAAUAAACCCAUCUAGGUCGUUAUUAGCUACAGGUGCAUAUAAUUCAAAUGAAAUUGCUAUAUAUAGAUUGCCCACAUUAGAUCCAAUUGUUUUAGCCGAGGUAUAAUUGAAUUUUAACUUAUAUUUUUGUUUUAAAUUUUUUAUUUAUUUAAAUUAAUAUUUCAUUAGGGCGCUCACACAGAUUGGAUGUUUGACAUAGAAUGGUUGGAUAAUGAAUUUUUUGUCAGUGUAUCUCGCGACACCAAGCUUGCACUAUGGCAAAUUCAAAAUCAAUAUGAAGAACAGUAUGAUACUGUUGGUGAUUUUACACAACCAGUCACUCAGUUUCUUAGCCCAACAGUAAUAAAACGCUGUAAAACAGCAGAAAAAGUCAGUACAAUAUUAUUCAAUAAGAAUUUGAAAGAAUUGAUUGCAUUAUCAUUAAAUGGAUAUGUUCAUAUUUGGGAUGUUGAACGAUUUAAACAAGUGAUUAAAAAUUUAAUAUAUUUUACAUUAUUACUUACAAUAGUUCUAAUUUUUUUAAAUUCAUUGUUUUAAAAUUUUCAAAUAUUGAAAUGAAAUAAUAUUACUUUGGCCAUAAGUGAAUAAGUAAAUAUUUAUAUUCUUAACAAAAAACAUAUUUGGUUAAUAUGAUUAAUGUUAAAAAUAAAUAUAAAUAUUAAAUGAUAGAAAAUGUAAUGUUCAAUGUUAAUAUUGAGUUAUAUAUCAAAUGUGUAGAUUGUAGUAGAUCAAACAAUGUAGGCACCUGUUAAACAAACAGCUCACACAAAUUCAUCCCUUAACAAUCAGUAUUUUUGUUGACAAAACUGAACUUUUUAACUUUUAUUUUGAAAAGUUUGUUAAUGUUUUUUUUGUGGACAUUUAAACUAAAAAUACUAAUUUUUCAGUAAUAAUUAAGCUUGGUUAGCAAGCGCCUCACAGGUGUAUACGAGGCAAAUAUUUUGCAAAUGUAUCUGCUGAUGCAAAAAUUCAGAAUUAUAGAAUACAUUUAACAAUACUGAAAAUAUGACAUUAAUUUAAAAUAUGUAUUUUAUAAACUUUUUAGUUUAAUAAUAAAUAAUUUCCAAUUUUGUAUUAUAUUGAUAUAUAUUUUAUAUUCUGAUUGGAGCGAAGAAGCUUAUGGUUUUAUAAUAUUUUUUUUUUCCGAGAAUAACUUUUCUACCAGAAAUCUUGCUCCAAUUUUUAUGUGUAGCACCUUUUCUGAAAGGAAAUCAGAUUGGAGAGGUAUUUAAGAGAAGAUAUUUUUGAUUUUUCAAGAGUUUUCUUCAUAAAUGGAAAAACACUAUUAACUGAACUUUACUCAGAAUCGGUUUUUCUUUAAAAAUUGUUUAUCAUUGCCCACAGAUAUACAUUAAAUUUCUCCUCUACUACCCCCCCAACUUCUGACCUACAACAGUAGCCACACCCAUAUUUAAAGUAUGUGAGUCUAUUUUCAUUAUCCAUUUUACUUUAUAGAAAUUUUCAAGAAGAUUAUCUUGUCAAGAUAAUGUUUGCAUGGCAAUGAAAAGUGACAGUAGUUUAUAUACUAUAGGAUGUCGUUCAUUUACAAUGCUAUUUGAUUCGAGAAUGUUGCAUAUCACUAAAAAGAUUCCUGCAAAAUAUAGUGGAUGUGGUUUGUAUAUUUUAAUGUUUUAAACAUUAUUUUUCAUAAUAAGUAUAUUUAUUUAAAUUUCAAACAUCUUAAAUUAAUCUGCAAAUCUAUAAUUUAAUUUAAUACAGUAGUGUUUUUUUUUUUUUUUUUUUUUUUGUUUAUUUGUAUAAUUUAAAAUGAGAAAUUAAUUUUUUUAAAUAAGAUAAGCUGUGCUUUACAAAAUAAUGGUAAUAUUUAUAAACCAGUUUGUUGCUGGGAUUGUAGGAUUUGUGGGGUACCUCUUUAUAGUGUAAACUGAAUAUAGUACCAUGUCUACUUUACUAUGAUAUGAUUCAAUAUUGUUCAAUAAUCAUUCAAUAGCUUGGCUAUAAAUACUUUUCCUAAUAUUAAUGGUUAUUAAAACUAUUGAGUUACAAUUUAAAUUUUUGUUAAAUUUAAAAAUAAAAAAACAUCUUAUAGAAAUUAAAUAAUUCUAUUUUAAUUAAUUUUAUUAUUUUAGGAAUAAGAUCUUUAAGUUUUCAAGAUAAUAUAAUCACAAUUGGAACAGGUAUUGGUGUUUUAAUGUUCUAUGAUGUACGGGCUGAAAAAUAUUUAGAGACAUCUAGUAUUAACACAAAUAAAGCAGUUGUAUUAAAAACAAGUCAAGGUUAUGUUGUGAGUGCUGUAAUUUGUACACUUGGUAUGCACUUGUUAUCAUAUUACUUUAUUUAAUAUUAAAUUUUUAGCAUCCCGAUCAAGAUAUUGGUAUUAUGGAAGGAAAUUUUCAACAUGUGAAAUAUACACCAGCCAUUUAUACACAUUGCUAUGACUACUCAGGGACAAGAUUAUUUUCCGGAGGAGGACCAUUGUCAACUGAUUUAUCUGGGAAUUAUGCUGGCUUAUGGCAAUAAUAUUAUUGAAAUGUAUUAUUUAAAUCUAGUUAGAAUUAUUUUCAUACUAAAUUUCAUACUAUACUUACAUGGAAU